AUGCCGAUGGUACCCGCGUCUUUCAGUCGCAGCUUCAAGUACCACCGGCCCCGCGGUUUACUCUGCUGCUCCGGCAAUUGCCCCAACUGCCUGGUGACGGUCGCCGACGAACCCAAUGUUCGCGCCUGCACCCGUCCGAUAGAACCAGGACUGGAAGUCAGGAGCCAGAACUCUUGGCCCUCGCUCGGCUUCGAUCUAAUUUCUCUUCUCGACCGGCUGCACUGGCUGAUGCCCGUGGGCUUCUAUUACAAGGCCCUGCACAGUCCAAAGCUUCUGUGGCUGCUGGCCCGUCAGCUCAUCCGCCGUGUUGGGGGGCUUGGCAGCAUCGACAUCAACGCCCAUCACGAACACCAAUACAGCACCCGCAACCUGCACGCCGACGUGGCAGUGGUGGGCGGUGGUCCUGCCGGAAUAUCCGCGGCCAUGGUGGCGGCAAGCCAAGGAGCUCAGGUGGUGCUCAUCGACGACCAGCCAGCCCUAGGCGGCCACCUCCGAUACAGCAGCCAGGAGGACAACCUGCUGGCUGUGCUGACCGAGGACGGCGUGGUCAGGAUCCGAGCCAGGCACGUGGUUCUGGCUACAGGUGCGCAGGAAUCGCCUCUGCUGUUCGAUAACAACGACCUCCCCGGAGUGAUGCUGUCCUCGGCGGCACGACGCCUGAUCUCCCUGUACAGCAUUCGGCCUGGUAAGCGGGCCAUUGUGGCAACGGAGACGGAGGAGGGCUACCAGGCCGCGCUCGACCUCUUGGACGCGGGCAUAGCUGUGGCCGCCGUGGUGGAUGCCUCAGAGACGACGUCCGAUGAGGUUGUGCAAACAGUGCGAAGCCGGGGCAUCGAGGUGCUGACUGGCCAUCGUGUGGUGAAGGCCGAGGGUCGAGGUAGAGUCAAAGCUGCACUGGUUGCUCCCGUGGGCGGCUCUGGCUCCGGUUCCACUCGCAAGAUUCGCUGCGACGUCCUGUGCAUGUCGGGAACCCGGAAUCCGGUCGAUGCCCUGCUGCACCAGAUGGGAGCCUCCCAGGAGGGGGUUACCUUGGCAGGGCAGAUCAAUGGCGCCACCGGCUUGUUGGAAAUUCUCGGCCAGGGCAGGGGUGCCGGCCUGCACGCGGCAGGCUCGGUCGCCGUUCCUCCCGGAAAUCCGGUGCAGACCUGCCAAACUACUGAAUCUACCAUCUACCUGCCCCCGGGCGUGGGCGGACGCACCUACGUUUGCUAUUGCGAGGACGUCUCCGCGCACGACAUCGAGCAGGCCAUCGACGAGGGGUUUGCCGACGUACAGACCCUCAAGCGCUACACCACCGUCACCAUGGGCCCCUGCCAAGGCAAAAUGUGCGGUCGUGCUCUGGCCGAAAUUUGCGCCUCCCACAGCGGCUCCGCAUUUGGAAUAGGCGGCGGAGACACACGUACCACCUUCCGUCCGCCCUACCAGCCGGUUACCUUGGCGGCUUUGGCCGGUCGGGAACGGAUGCCGUUCAAGCGAACGGCCUUGGACCGCGUUCACCGUGACCUCGGCGCCAGGAUGGUCGAGUCCGGCCCAUGGCUCCGUCCCCACAGCUACGGUUCGCCCGCCGACGAAUGCGCCGCCGUGCGAGAACGUGUCGGCAUCAUCGACGUCGGCACGUUGGGCAAGCUGGAGGUCGUGGGGGACGAUUCGGGUCAGCUGCUCGAUCGCUUGUACACCCAUCGCUUUUCCGACCUUCCCGUCGGGCGCAUCCGCUACGGCUUGAUGACAUCAGACAACGGCGUCAUCCUCGAUGACGGCACCGUUACCCGUCUGGCCGAAGACCGUUAUUUCGUGACCACCACUUCAGGCAACGCCGAUGUCAUCGAGGAAUGGUUCAACUGGUGGAAUGCUGGAGGCAACAACUGCGCCCAUGUGGUGAACGUGACCGCCGGUUACGGCGCGGUAAACGUGGCGGGACCGAGAGCCCGCGAGACCCUGGCCAAGCUCACGGACGUCGAUCUCUCUCCCCGGGCGUUCCGCUACAUGCGCUCGGCCCAAGGUGAGGUUGCCGGCGUUCCCUGCUUGCUGUUGCGGAUCGGUUUCGUAGGCGAGGCCGGGUGGGAGGUGCACUUCCCCGCUGAAUACGGAGAGCACAUCUGGAAUUCCAUAGCGGAAGCGGGGCGUGAGUUCGGUAUUGCGCCCUUCGGCUUGGAGGCGCAGCGAAUACUGCGGCUCGAGAAGGGUCACGUCAUCGUCGGGCAGGACACCGACGCAGUCUCCACCCCAAUGGACGUGGGCUCGGAUUGGGCUGUUCGCUUUGACAAGCCCGACUUCAUCGGACGUGGCGGUCUCGCGGUUGCAACCGAACGCGGGCUGCAGCAACAAUUGGUUGGAUUCAUAAUGCCAGGCGCCGUCGCCCCGGACGACGGUACGCCGGUGUUGAGUGGUGCCAGGCCCGUGGGCCGGGUAACCAGCGCGCGCCUCAGCCCGACCAUGGGCCGGGGAUUCGGCCUGGCAUGGGUUCCCCCGUACCUUGCAGUCGAAGGAGAGACCAUUGAGGUACUCGUCGCGGAUCGCCCAGUGUCGGCGAGGGUGACCCUCGAGCCUGUCUACGACCCUGAGGGCCACAGGCUGCGGAGCUGA